CCCACUUCAACCUUUUCUUCUUUCAACGUGUACGCCUGGAAGCUCACCUACGUCUUCAGGUAUCGCCAUGGGUUCACUCGUAGAUGUGUACAACCAUCUGGUUUUACCGCCUAAACUUCCGAAAGCGCAGGAUGUGGACAGUAAACGCUCAUGCGAGGACGUCCUCGCCCGACUCAUUCACGCCACCACGACCAUCAGCAAACUUUUUGGACAGGAACAGGCACCUACAUGGAAUGCGGUCCGUCAGUCUCUUCAUCGUUGUGAAUCUCUUCAUGUGUGGGACCGCCUCGAAAAGAAGUCACUCAUUUCAGAGUUUCGACAACUCAAACACGAUCAACCUCUUUUCCUCUACAUCGCAGAACAGAAUGCCGCUCUCAUUAUUCGACGCGAUAUCAGCGCCAGAACAGAUGUUGUAAUCUUCGAGGCCUUUGAGACAUCGCCGCCUUCUGCCGAGGUGCUUGCCAGCGAGGGCGCCCUCGUCUGGGACUUUCCCGACUGCGCGGCCCAGAUAGCACUUGUGGAAUUCCAGAAGACAUCAUUCCAGGACGCUUUGGCCGACUUCUUGGAAAAAGGCAGCAUGGAGCCUUUGAGACGCUUUCAGGCACAUACGACGAAGGCGCAAACCUCAAUCGUUGAGUCGCGUGACACUGCGAGUCCGGCGCUUGUGACCCAUCUCCUAAUCCCAUUGCUCGAAUCUAUCGGGUCCCCAAUCGGCGCCAACGUUCCUAGAAUAAGGAAACGAGUACGAGAUGAUGUGAACAUUGAAGCUACGGAAUUUCCAUGGCGGAGAUUGCCUUUCUGGCUCGUACUCCGCGUCUGUACCCAACGACAACUUCAGCUGUCUCUCGGGAAUGAAGCUGGUAGAGCUUGUUACAAAUUCCUUAUCAUCACCAUGCUCAUAGAGCUUCUGAACGAGUGUGCUAGCCAGCUGGCGCCUGAGUUGACGAUGACGUUGAGAGCCAAGAUUUGUCGCCGCCUCGCGAAGCUCGAGCAAGAGAAGGGUAACUCACCUGCCGUACACGACCAUUUUUUCACAGUUGCUGGUCCAUUCUUCAAAGAGAGUAUCACACGAGUUACAAAGCUGGUAGAGCUAGCUUGGGAUAAAUUCAAGCGGGAAACAACACGACCUAUUCCCCAACUCUCAACACGGGCCGACCAGCAAGCGCAAUACCUUUCUCUCCCCAAUAGUAGAGCAUACCUUCAAGCUGUGUUGAGUUUGCCACGCAUACAGAAGAAUGCCCGACUAUCGUUCAGACUUCCACAACUGCAUGAUAGCACAAUUGAGCAGGUUGAGCAGUUCACAGAUAUGUAUUUCCAAUUGGCGGAGUUGGAGAACAAAAUUGAGGCAAAAGAACAACCCAAAUUUACGACAACAUCGCCGCUAGAAUCACGUUGUAUAAAGCUAGCCGAAGCGAUAUUCGAUUUAUUCGAGGCUGUUGGAAUGGCUUAUGAUUGCGAUCCCAGGCAGACGUCUAUAUUUAUCUUGAAUCUCUUCACGAUCUGGGUGCGACUGGACAAGUACAUGAUCAAAACUUGCCCUUUGCUGCUUGACUAUCACCCUGUAUUCACCCCGGAGCUUUUGGACGCAUUACAUCUUCCGACUGCUCCAGAGAUGCAGCGACUUCAUGACAUCCAGAAGUAUCUCGAGGGUAGACGCAAGAGGUGCGAGCGACAGACCACGAUAUUUUCCGAGCCCGAAAAUCAUAGCUUCACGGUGAAAUACGUCGAGAAGUCAGUAACAAUGCAAGGACUUCUUCGACAGAUCCAGGAGGCUUCUGAGACCUCACGACAAGCAAAGGCGAUAGAGCUGGACAAAUGGUGGCAAGGUUAUGACGAUCACUCUCUGAGUAUCUCUGGGGGCACCUGUACUUGCAAGUUCAUGCACGAUGGUUCGCGAGAUGUCCGGGGUUGUACCAAAUGCUGGCACUGGCGCUCUCGGAAUCGCAUGGAAAUCUACGCCCACGAGGAUUUUCUCCCCAAGGAUGCAGUGAAAGCGGCAGCAGUUGUAUUCGAGUUGGGUGUACCGAGUUCUUUCGCUGCGUACCGCAACGCGACCUGGAAGAUACUAGGACUUGCUUACCCUGCCAAACCUACAUCUCAGUCGCCCGUUAAGUUAUUGAAGGAUUACAAACCGCUUGCAGCAUAUGGGCAGAGGUCCUCGAAUGGAGUCACGAUUGCAUCGACGUCUAAAUCCUUUCGUAACACCCACUAUAAGGUUGCUAAAAAGAGGAUGAAAGCCUCGGAGUCUGAUGUUCUCUACCCUAACGGGCUGACGUUCUUCUAUUUCGACAUGGCCACGGACACAUGGGUCAAGGACUUCGACCAGCCGUUGACUUUCCAGCACCUUUGUGAGGUACAUAUUCCGCUAGGGCUUCGAGAUUCAGUCAUUCCGAAGUCGAUACACCCACCCACUGAAAUACGUGGGCCGUCUUCAUACGAGAUUGUCGCCUCAGAAACGAAAUGUCCACCUAGCAUGUCUAUUCAUGAAUUCACAGCCUACCAGCGAUUGCUUUCAGGUAAGACGCGUCGAUGGCUCACCAUGUUGGUAGAGUUGGGGGCAUCGGAUGUGAACUUCAGCAGCGAGAGCACGAUGCACAUGUUCAAUCACCUCGCCACACAGGCUGGACCAGCACGACACGAGUCUGACCUCUUUCGGGACGUUCAUGGAGUUUUCAAGGAUACAUCAUUCUGUAACCGCUUGGCCGAACAGAUUGGAAAUCGUCUACGCAAUAUAACGUCCAAUUGGCGUGAGGUUCACUGCAUGGAAGUACUGAUAACGCUCAGUCUGCGGCUUUUCACCUUGGCCUCAUCCAAGACGCUGGCUAAGGCCCUUCUGAUGGAAUCACGCGUCAUUACCUUGAAUUGGAUUACGCGUCUCCGGGUCGACGUGAGAAGUGCCACAGAAACGUCUGUGGCGGAGACUGCCGCUAAAUAUGCUUUCUGGGCUGCACUGCUUUGCCGGAGGACAUUUUCCAACUUUGCAGAAUCGGAUCAGACAAUACCACGAGAUGAUCUUUCAACAUUCGUUCAAGCCUCGCUAGCUCUCCAAGAGAACCUCCUUGUUGAUCUGGCCAAGCUACCACCAGCCCUCAAAAGCAUGUUGAUUCGGGACACGAAAAUGGCUUAUAGCCUCCAAUCACUUCUACUACGGUCGAUCAAGGCAUCCCCUACGAGUAUUGGUAUUGCCAUCAAUGCAUCUUGGUCAGAAUCAGGAAAUACUGCUGGAAAAUUAUUUGAUGAAUGGCAGGACCUCCCAUCUCCACAUGAUCGAUGGGUUGCGUCAACCAUGACGGCUUCUACGAAGACUUUAGCAAACCCACAAGUCGUUCACUACAACUUCAUCGAAGGACACUUGCUCAUUGAUGGCAAGCCCUUGGGAAGGCUGCCUCGGGAUAUUCGAGAAUCGGAAGAAGUGAAGAAGCUGUUCGGUAACCAACAUCUUCUGACAUUCCCGUCUGCGGAAUAUGGAAUGUCCUACGUAAUGGCACAGCGAAUGAACAACCACGAGAUUCACUUUGGGAUUCGUAAUGGGAAGGUUAUUGUGCGCGCCUAUAGUCGAGAUGGCCUCUUGGAAUACAUUCCGCACCACCUGUUUUCCGGACCCGAUACCGUUGACCUACCCUGCAGUCUUGUCUCCAACUGUGCGCACUGGUUGAACCUGGAUACUAAAUGCAUUGAAGUCCGACGUAAACCAGUAAUAUGGAAGACGAGGGCAAAUGACUGGAUUAUUGAUGUUGUAAAUCGACGAGGCCAUCGGAGCAACCGUACAUGUUUGGUUGACCCUAAUUCCGACCUCUUCAAGCAAAUUGCAGACAUCUUCCGCCAUUUCGAGCACCCUCACAAGAUCACAGUCUUUCAGCCCGUACACAUAAAUGGGAAGUUGUCUGUUGAGCUGCGCCAUCUGGAACUAUCGUUCUUCGUCAAUUCAAAAGGGCUUCUUGAAUGUCGGGAAUUAGCAGAAGAGAUUGAUCCUGACCAGGACGCUGGCACACUGUACGGGUUUGAGAGCAAGAUUGUACUCCGUGACAUUGCGGACAAUAAACGCCGAAGCAUCAUCACUCCAUGCGGAAGAAUUUUUACCAAGCGUCGUGGGAUGCACGUUGCCGUCCGGGCAGCUGGUAGCACCGAGUAUGCGAGAUUCGAAGUUGACGAUGUCCUUGGACGAUUAACAUGCCCUUCCGAGCCGCGACUUUUAUAUGCGAAGGCGCAGUUCCACGCUUUUACGUCUUUUGUCAUACCGGAUCCAUUGACGGGACGCACCGGCACCGAAGAAGCCUUGCAUAUUUUACAAUCGAGUUAUUGUCAACCAUGGACACCAUUGAAUGAUAGGCCCGUCAACAUUCUCAAAACUCUUUCAGAGAUAAGUCCAGGACGAGAGUACUAUCCUAAGAACAAGAAGACAUUACAGACCGUUCUUUGGAAUGCAAGUCUGACGAUGGCCAUCCAACACGAUGCAUAUGAGGUCCUCGUGCGAAAGAUCCUCGACAAGUCCGACCGGCUUCGCGUGUUUUCUCUGAAUGACGAGGAAGAUAUUCAUGUCAGCACCUACACCUCGACCCACCUUCGCAAGCGCGGUAUCGCGCAACGUCGUCUUUACGAGCGCGAUGUUUUCGGCACAUCGGAGGAUAUUGCCCGAGAUAAAGUGUACAAGUCUCGAGGCCAACAAGCCAAUUCAGCCCAAGCGGAGAAGGUUUAUCAAAUCGCAAAGCUGCUCCAAAUCAAACCAUUCUGCAUCCACACCACUCGAAACCUGUCCGAAAUUAUGCAGGAUUGGCCGCUGAUUGGUGGAUUUCACGACACAAGCGAGAACAUGGCCGCCAGCCUGAGCGAUGUGAUCGAGCGAAAUAUCGACGAGCAAUGGGGCCAUCUUGUUAACACUUGCCGGAUCUCUAGUCCUGAAGACUUACACAGUUUGAUGUUCCGGUUAAGUCUUAUGUCAUUGAACUCUGCAACGGACAUGAACGCUAUCAAAUGUCUAGCUGCUUUUACAUCUUUACCAGCGUUAAAGACAUUGGUGCCGCCCUCCGGUUCGUCAUUCAACCAAUUUAAGCGGAACGAAUCUCCGACUGUACAUUCCAUUUCCCGUACCAUCUCUGUCGAUCUGCCGGAGAAGCUAAAGCGGAUUAAUAAGGCCCAAGAGGAGCACAGAGUUGCAUGCGUGGCUGAGGGGAAGCGACUAGCACGACACUUCCUUGAUCAAUGGCCAAACGAAGAAAUCUUCUUGGGUGGGUUCAAAUCGGAUAUUAUCGAUACAGGGCUCGCGAUGGAACGAGUGGUCCCGGAGUGGCGCCGUUUGCAUUCGAAUUUGGCACUCUCCGAAUUCGUUAAACAGUUUGAGGAUAUCCUGGAGCAUCACAAGGGACCUAGCGAUACUUCUGUGCCUAAGGCAUGGAAUUGGAUACAGAAGUCGGUUGGUUCGCCUGCCCGCGGACCGGUCAUUCCAACCAUAUCGAAAGGUCUCCUUACGAAACCCCUUGCGUCUCCCUUGGACGAAAUUGCUUGCAAGGUGAUGAUGCACGAUGGCAUCGGUAAUUCUCCAUCCAAGGAACGUUCAGAUACAAAGACUCCAUCCAAGGAGGCGGCUGCACUACGGCAUAUUCUCUCCUCUUUCACAGCAUCGUCGAAUGCUCUCCGCCAACAAUAUGGCCGCGACCUCGAGGCGAGUCUUAGAGCUCUUGAAAAGAACAACAAUCAGAUCAAAGCUACACAUCUUGUGCCAAGCAUCGUAAGCACUGCGAGAAAAAUCCAGACCCUUUCCGCUAUGAAAACCGCCCAUUUUAUCCAAAUUCGUAACGCUUUGUCUUUCGACGACGACCGCUUCCAAUGGCUUGACCUCGGAAAUCUCUGGCCAUGCAAUACUUCAAUGUCGAUUUUAGAGCAGCUGCGCUCAAGCGCCGAUAACCACUUUGGGAGCUCUGUUAAGGAAGCGAUUGUUUCGCAUGGUGUUCUGGUUACGAUGUUGCAGCGACUUGUGCGAAUCCGGAAUGCUAUGUAUCAUGCAAAGACAACUCGAUUACAAGAAGAACUAGGAAACUCAGGCCAUGAGAACUGGAAGCCACUCGAUUACCCUGAUUGGCUUCUCUUAGAAAUUGACAGUGAUAUCCUAAUUCGACAAGAGCAGAUUGACGUGGCGCAUGCAAUCAUUGCUCCCGAGUCACGGGAGAACACGGUACUGCAAUUGAACAUGGGUAAAGGAAAAACAUCUUGCAUUGUACCUAUGGCAAUGGCAAUUCUCGGGGACGGAAACCAACUGUCACGUCUCCUCGUGCCAAAACCAUUGCUCUUACCAACGGCUCAGAUGAUCCAGUCGCGACUUGGCGGUUUAGUGGGCCGAGAGAUACAGCAUCUUCCCUUUUCUCGGCGUACCAAGCUCAAUCCAGGAACACUUCAGCUCUACAGGGAACUUCACCAAGCAAUGCUUGACCGUCGCGGCGUUGUCUUGAAUGCGCCUGAGCAUGUUCUGUCUUAUAAGCUCGGCGGUCUUCAAUAUCUUACUGGCCCUGACCUAAAUACCGCACGCGAAAUGAUUGAUUUCCAGACAUGGCUCAAUGCGACUUGUCGGGAUGUUCUGGACGAGUCCGACGUUUCUUUGGCUGUAAAAACUCAGCUGAUCUAUCCAAGUGGCAAGCAAACCACCGUUGAUGGACACCCGCACCGCUGGCAAGUCGCACAAUCACUUCUAUCACUUGUGAAGGACCACCUCCCCGAACUACGACGCAGAUUUCCACGAAGCAUUGAGAUUAUUGAGCGAAGUAACGGAUACCCGAUGAUGUACAUCCUUCAACCGGACGUGGAGGAAGAUCUUCACCGGCGAAUCGUCGAUGAGAUUUGUACUGGAAGAACAACAUUUCUUCGCUUCGCAGAACCCACAUCACCCAGACACCAUGCCGAGAUCCGUAAAGUGCUCUUGGAUGCUGACCUUAGCAACAAGCUAUUCAUACGCGUGACCGGGUUGUUUGCCGACAAGAAUGUGGCUUCGAAAACGCUGCUCCUUGUCCGAGGCCUACUGCGCAAUCGGAUCCUUCUCCUUUGCUUGAAAAAACGCUGGAAUGUACAAUAUGGCCUGCAUCCAAGCAGAGAUCCGAUCGCAGUUCCCUUCGAGGCUAAGGGAGUGCCUUCUGAACAAGCUGAGUUUGGUCAUCCUGAUGCUGCUAUUAUAUUCACCUGCUUGGCUUUCUACUACUCCGGCCUCAAUCAAGCUCAGUUUAGCGAAGCUCUUCGUCACAUCCUAGCAUCACACGAUCCUUCUAGUGAGUACGACAGGUGGACUAGCAGUUGCGAUACACUUCCGGAAGCAUUAUAUCAUUGGAACGUCAUCAACGUCGACGAUCAAGGUCAAAUCGAAGAACUUUGGAAGCAUCUUCGAACUAGUAGGAGUGUGCUCGAUCACUACAUGAACCACUUCGUUUUUCCCGCGCAUGCAAAACAGUUCGGUAUCAAGCUGCAGGCUUCGGGAUGGGAUCUACCUCUAUUUUCAAAGAUAGAGUCUAGCGAUGAUACAGCCACAAGCGCGAGGACAACUGGAUUCAGUGGCACCAAUGACAACAAAAUGAUGCUGCCACUCACCAUCCGACAAGACGACCUCCCCAGCUUGCACCAAACCAAUGCGGAAGUCCUCACUUACCUACUGCAAGACCGAAAUAGAACAUAUCACCUUGCAGCUCGAGGAGGUAAGCGGUUAUCAGAAAAGAAACUCCUCGAGGAGCUCAAGGAGAAGAAGAUCCGUGUCCUCAUCGACGCUGGUGCCUAUAUUCUCGAAAUGGACAACGAGGCUUUGGUCACAGCGUGGCUAGAAAUUGACUCUGAACCACAGGCAGCGGUGUUCUUUGGCGCCGACAACCGAGCCUGGGUUCGAUAUCGCGGAAUGAAAGCGCGUGUGCCCUUACUAGCCACUCCAUUUGUCGAUCAUUUGGAGAAAUGUCUCGUAUAUCUCGAUGAAGCGCAUACGCGUGGUAUAGAUUUGAAACUUCCCACACAUGCGCGAGGUGCUCUGACACUGGCCCUUGGACAAACCAAGGACCAUACAGUUCAAGCUGCCAUGCGCCUCCGACAACUCGCAACCACUCAAUCUCUCUGCUUCUUCGCCUUCCCCGAAACCCACCAGUCUAUUCUCGACGUAUGCAAGAUGCAUGACAGGGACAGAAUCGACUCAUCUCAUGUCGUGCAUUGGCUUCUAGAGCAGACGUGCCGCGCAAACGAACAGCUCCAAAAUCUAUACAUUUCCCAAGGCGCCGACUUCUGCAAUCGCACGACGGCGGAAUGGGAGAAUGCGGCUUUUCUCUCUGAUACACAGCAAAGGGGUGUUUAUGUCAAGGUACUCCAACAUGCCGAGCAGAAGACACUGGAGCAACUAUACGGAAGCCAUGUGGAAAAUACCCCGCCUCCAUCUUCUCCAAAGACCAUGUUUCCGCAAAUCCAGGCCUUCGAGGACAAACUCAACAACCUACGUCGAGCCGCUGCCAAAAACGCUCACGUUCUGCAUUCGUCCACUCUGGAAGAAGUCGAGCAAGAGCGCGAAGUCGAGUUUCAGGUUGAGGAAGUGCGUGAAGUGCAACGGCCCUUACACUAUAAAGCCCACAAAUUUCCCGGACUUCACCCUGUCAUCGAUAAGUUUGCUCGCACAGGCAUUUUGAACGGAGGAGUGGGAUAUGAACAUGUAUUCGAUGCUGUGUCACGCACGUCCUUAGGCCAGAGGUAUGGUGUUGCGGGUACAGAUUCACAGUUGUUUGUUUCGGCGGAGUUCAUGAGAACGAUCAAGACGCGUGAGCUUGGGCCCAUCGACAACUUUAUGCGUCCCAUCGAGUGGGUUAUCUACCACCCCACCACCUCUACCGCCGUCGUAGUUAUCGCCGAAGAAGCGGAAGACUUGAUCUCUACACUCCGCAACCAGACAUCCCCUAAAGUCCACUUGCUCACGUACUCGGCCCCUAUCACGAAAAAAAUGCUCCAAUUUAGCGGGCUGAAGUACUACGCUCUACCCGCACUCCCGCGUGGGCAUUCGAUUCCGCACUGGCUUACGAUUGAGCUGGGAAUCUUUGCAGGACGUCUGUACAUGGAUUUCGAUGAGUGUGCGCCCCUGGUAGAGUACAUCGAGAACGCCUGCAUCAGCAAAAAGCAAUCAGGUGCGCCGGCGACGAUGAUACCCUUCCUUCUUGAGUGGCUUUGUCUCCGUCGCAAAGGUCAAGACAUUAUGCACACGCCUAUCGGCUACGCGUGUCAGGGCCGUCCGCUUCAUAGCGGGCAUGCCUUUUUCGUGACACACCGUGUUAACGAUAAUGGCAUUGUCCAGUCGUAUCGCACUAAUAAGACUGUUGGCGGAACGGAUGAAGAGGAGGACGAGGAGGAUGAGUGGGAUGUUGUUGACGAGAAUGAGCUCGUCUAGAGAACAGGGUUGAGAAGGGUUGGUCUGUGAAAUAUCAGCGCUGUCGUUGGUAAGAUAUAUCUGACUUGGACUGAUGGGUACAAUCCCAGAGCAGUCUCGAAGCGUUGUAUAUGUAGUUUCUGCAUACUGAAGAUCGACCUUUCCGUCAGUGUUCACCAUUAACCACAGAAACACAUACUUUGCAUAGAAAACGAC